CUGCGUGUUACUAGUAUUUAGUAGAAUAGCUACUAACAGUUGACGCUGGUCCUGUUUGUAGGUAUGAAUACUUCUUCAAGGUAUUCAAGGUGUACACACAGUUGUGGAAGUUUCAGCAAGAGAAUCGGCAGAAGUUGGUAGAAUCUGGUCUCAAGAGAUGGGAGAUUGGCGAGAUUGCAUCUCGCAUCGCUCAGCUCUAUUAUGGACAGUAUAUGCGGACGAGUGAUGCAAGUUACUUGACCGAAUCGUAUGUAUUCUAUGAUGCAAUACUUACGAGGGAAUAUUUCAAGGAAGGCUUGUUGCAGGAUCUCAAUCUUGCGAACAAGCAGCUGAGGUUUCUCGCUAGGUUUCUGAUGGUGUGUUUGGUGCUUAACCGUCGAGAUGUUGUUCAUCAGCUGGUUAAUCAGCUUAAAGUUUUAGUUGAUGAGUGCCGAAGGACAUACCAGGUCUUUACUCUUUCUUAUCUUCUCUAAGAACAUCCGUUUGAUUUGUUCUUAUAUAUCUGUUUGCUGAUUAUGGUUCCUAUGUAUCUGUGUUUGGUGCCGUAUAAUUUGUUUACUUAUCCUGCUGUUCUUACUUGGGAAGGUACAGACAUGGGAAAUAGUUGAGGAAAAAAUCUUGAAUGCACAUUAGAAGAUGUAUUAGUUACCGAGUUUAACUUGGGUGAUUGGUUAGGGAAAAGAGCUUUUGGUUCACACGCACUUAUAUAGGGUUCAUUUUUUAGGCCAGUACAAGCAUCUUGCUCUCGUUCAAUGCUGAUAGCUCACUAAUAAGAUAUGCAUGCAGAAUAAUAAUAUUUUUGAUUCUUCUCAAGUUUAUGGUCAUAUUGCCCUUUGAUUUCUGUUUUUGUUUUUCAUUACAUUGAAUUACUUUUGUAUAACUGUGGUUUGAUUCAGUACUGGGUAAUGACAAUUACAUGAUGCAUGAAUUAUCUUGUUUCCAGGAAACUGACUUUAAAGAAUGGAAGCUGGUGGUUCAGGAAAUAAUUAGAUUUUUGAAAGCUGACACAACAUUUAUGAAUAUCAGGCCAUUGAGGUACAGCCUUGUGCUGGACCCUAAUCCAGAUUCACUACCAUGUGCUAAGACAAAGAGACACUUGAGAUUACGAGAUGCAGUUCUGAGCAGCUACCAUCAUAAUGAGGUUACGUAAUAAGGUUUCCGUUCGCCACUGUCUUUUACUGUAAAUUGAACUAGAGAAUCUGCCCUCUGCUUAUAGAGUUCUCUUUUAUUUUCUAUACUGUAAUGACAUCUUUUCAUAUAUAAAAUGACCAGGUCAAGUUUUCCGAGCUUACUCUGGACACGUUUAGGAUGCUUCAGUGCCUGGAGUGGGAACCAAGUGGUGCAUUUUACAAAACACAUAACCCUAAACUUGGCCAAAAUGGAGUUCCAGGCCCUAGUCGAGUUAACUAUGCCCAGGAUAUAUCUGAUCCUACUUUACCUCCCAACCCAUGGAAAGUUGUGCUAUAUCGUCCUUCCAUGACUCAUUUGUUAGCAGUAAGUGUGACUUACUAUCUUGAUAUGUGAUUUUAUUACCUGGUUGGACUUGUUGAAUCAUUUACCAGUCCAUAAGUAUGCAUUUAUUAACUGUAUUGUUUACACAGUGGUUUUUGGUGAUUAUUAUAAGUUUAAUUUCUUGAUAUGUAUUGAUAUAGGUAUGGAAGUUGUGCAUGUAUGCUUGUGUAUGAACUGGAACUACAUUCUUACCUAGCUUUGCUGAUGAUAAAUCUUCAUGUCUGGCAUUUAUGUACUUGUGUUAAGAUUUUGGGUUUUGGUGGUCAUCUGAAAGAUAUUACACACUUAAUGUUGCUCCUUGCCGCUGUCCUAAACUAAGACAUAUGGGCAUUAUAUUUCUUUUGGGGAUCUUAAAGUUUGACAAAAAUAUUGACCUAAAGUAUAGAUAAUUUUAUGAACCUUAGCUUCAAAUCUAAGGCUUAACCUUCCACUAUCAAAAUUUAAAAAUUCGUCAUCCGAAGUUCAUACCGAAAUAAGUAGCCUAUUGGUGAGGUUUCAGUGAUUAAUGUAAGGUGGAUUCCCUAGCGAGGCUUUUGCCUUAUGUCUCUCAAUUUAUGUAUAGUCUCGUAAUAUCUGCACAGGUUCUUGGUACUCUAUGCGAGGAGCUAAAGCCUGAUGGAGUUCUUCUAAUCUAUUUGUCAGCUUCAGGUACCUUAUUUAAAUUAUUUUGGUGGUGAAUAUGACCUUUUCAUUCAUGUCCAUGUCUACAGUACACUACAUGGCUGGUUUACCUCUUUUAUCUCUUACAUGUCCAGGAAGAAUCGGAAAUACCAUUUCAUCUACUACAGAAUCUCGAGCUUCUAUAAACAGUGUAGGAAGCUUGGGAAAGAGCUUGCAAUCUCACGGCAUAGAUUCAGAUGCCGCAUCUAUGUCGUCUUCAGACUGCCUGAAUAAUAAUGCUAGUCCAACUUCUAGGAGGAGUAAAAAGGAUUGUUUGAAUUUUGGUACUCAUACUAAUGGAGGUAUCUUCCGUGCUCUCUGAUUCUUCGAGCUAGCUAGUCUGGAUUCUUGUCCCCUUCAAAUUGACUAGUUUGUUCUUGUUCAUAGUACACAUUUUCUUACAUUUUCUUAUGGUCGAUUAUAGGCGUAAGCAUGUGAUCUGUGGUUGAUGGGUGACGGAUAUACAGAUAUCCUACUUUUUCUGUAUUUUUCUUCUUUUUUGUUUUGAUAUUGAUAUCCUUAUGAAUGUUUUAUGAUCAGUAAAUUGGCUGUAAAUGUAAUCAAGGCAGUGUCUUGCAUCUAUGCGUCACAGUGGGUUUGACCUUGAUGUCCAUUGCUGUUAAGGUUUUUUCUUUUAUAUUGUUAUCUUAUUGUGAUUAACCUUUUCGCCAGGGCAAAACAAUGUAUACCCUUCUGACUUGAUUCCAUUCACAAGGCGACCACUUUUUAUCAUUGUUGACAGUGAUGGCAGUGACGCAUUUAAGGUAAGUGUGUGUAUCUCAAAUGUGCAAUCACAAUUUGUAAUCUUAGGUCUAGUUUGGGUUUAUGCAUGAUGUUGUAAUCUGUGCAUUCAGUAGCAAAAAGAUUUACCAUUUGACUGACGGUUAGAUAAUCUGUGGAACUGUCUAUCUUUCUGAGUUCCGGAUAAUGAAAUGAUGUCUUCCCAUAUCAAUGUUAUGCCAUUUAUAUAAAAUGUGAAAAAUGAUAUUUACUGAUUUUUCUUUACAUCAGGCUAUAAAUGGAGGUGAAAAAGGAGAGCCGGCUGCAGUAUUUCUAUCCCCAAGUAGUUCAAUUCUAAGCACUUCAACUGAUACUUCUCGUCGUGAAAGUGGUAGUCUGUUCACCAUUUUCCUCACAGCUCCACUGCAAGGCUUCUGUUUGUUACUUGGUUUAUCUGGGCCCGAUAUUGAAAUGGUAAAAUUAGCUUUGGACAUUGCUCACUUCUUGCUGUAGCUUGUAGGGAAUAAUGCUGAACAAGGUAGCUUGUUUGCAGGAGACAUUCAACCGGGCUGAGAAGUUGCUGUCUUCAUCAUUAAAUGACUGGGGAGCUUCUUUAGUGAUGUCAGAACCUCUUGACCCUGUUUGGGCACAGGUGCUUGGCGAUCCAUUCCUUAGGCGACUUGUUUUGAGGUAUGGUUAUAUUCUGGUUAGGUUUCUUGGCCUUUCGGCUUCUGCAAUCUGUAGGUGAAAACUAUGCAGGUUGUAGCAAUGAAUAUGCAAGUUUCAGCAAAGAAUAACAAACAUAUAAGUUCUAUGACCCUCAUUUGAUUUGUCUCCACAGCAUAUCUUCAUUCUUCAACAUGUACAUCAGACUGAAAUCGAUCCAUUAUUACUGGAAUGAAUUGAUUGAAUUCCAUGUUUAGUGAAAUGCGGAUGUAAGCUCUCGCCGCAGCCUUCCAAAUACCAUGAUUCUAGUUUAACUGACUGCUUCCCUUUGUGGCAGAUUUUUGUUUUGCCGCGCUGCCUUAACGCUCUAUGGAACAUCGUUUGGCAAGAAGGAGCUUCAUCCUGAAUGCUUGCCUUCUCUUCCACCCGCAUUCCUUCCCACUGCCGUCCAACCUCAGACUUUGAUCUUGCAGUUGGCCAACGUCUUCGGUGCUUCAAAGAAGUUCGUCUUCUCUGAGAGCAUUAUGCUUCACGAAUACAAAUCCAUCGAAUGACAGUUCAUUCUGAUUCGAGCUCUUAGCUGGAAAACUGUAACAUCGUGAACCUUGUCUGUCUGUGUGUGUUUCUGUGUGGAUUGAUUGAUCAUUGUUCAUCUGAUUGUACCCUUCAAUUUAUCAUUUUGUGUAAAUCCUAAAGGUUUGGAGUUCACUGGACCCAAAAAAAAAGGCCCAUUAACUGCUCAGCUGAAAACAUGAACUUCACACAAGCCCAUUACUAUCGCGAAAUGUUUUUUCAGUUUUCACCCACACCUCCAUUCUGUGGGCCAUUUAUCCAUUCUCGUCAGAUGGGGUUGGCGAUUUUUCAGGGCUCACGCGCGGAGGAGUCGCGUCGUGGUGGAUAAAACAUUUUCUACACCGUUGGAUGGAGGGGGUGUGAUUUCCCUUUUGUCGGUAUUUGAUCAAUGGUGGUACGCUUACGUGUAUUGUAAAAUCUGUUGCAGGCGAUUAUGGCUUUUUGUGAAACGGGGAGGAGAGCCUCUCUCUCUAAGGUCGCGAAGGCGGAAACCGGCCGGCGGGUAGCUGCGGCGACGGUGCCGACUCUCUUUCUCCACCAGGUUACCGUUUUCUCUCUCUUAGUCUCCUCCUUACCCCUCUUGUUCCCACCGCACUCUCUACUGGCUCUCUACCGUCUUCACCCCAGUUCUGCUGUUUCCUUCUUCUCUUUCUUCUUCUUCUUCUUCUUCUUCUUCUUCUUCUUCUUCUUCUUCUUCUUCUUCCUCGAGAAGUUUUACCCUUCUCCAUGCUUGGUUUGUUCUGUCGAUAAGUAGCUCUGUCGGAUUGAAAAUGAGUAUGCUGAGUUUAGCUGCCUCAAUCUAUAUCUUUUGACUAAUUCUUUACUAGGUUUUAUUGCCAAAGAGUAGGAGGAACUAUGAAAAAAAUUAUCUUUUCAUGCUAGAUUGUGUUUAUGGAUAGCUGUUUUUAGAGCCCAGUAAUACUUCGAACUGCUUGUGACUGUGUUGGUUUUCUUUGUUGGGCUGCGGCUGUUAACCUUAGAAUUUUGGAAGUACUAGUCUAUCGAUUGAUGUUUUGAUAACUUGACAUUCGUAUGACUUCUUGUUCGCUGCUAAAUAAUGGGGAUUCUACUGUAGUCUGGACUUCCUUUCUGCAAAAAUGUUGAUUUUGCGGUGUUUCUCAGCUGUGCUACCGGGGGCUCUGGGGAAGUCGGAAUAGGAGAGCUGUGUAGGGUUUUGUUGCUCUUGCUUUUCAUAGCCAAUGAUGAUUAGGAAAUCUGAAAGACACCGUUUGAUGUCAUCCCCCUUGUUGCUGAAUGUUUAUGGAUUUAUUACUAGGUCAUUUACGGGGGUAAUGAUGGGGUGUGAUGCUGGAUUGUUUGAGAAUGAGCAGAUAAUGUUUUGAGAACAUUAGGUGGUUUGUUAAUAUGCAUAGUAAAUAUGUGUACACUGUGUAGCGCAGUUCGCAUGUCUUGAUGUCGACUUAAUCCUCCCCGUCUCUCUGUUUCUUUUUCUCUGGCUGCCCCUUCUAGAUUUCUGUCUGGUGGUGUGAUUUAGCAAGGCGCAAUGUGAGGAAAAGUAUAUGUAUUCACUUGUAUUAUGAGCUUAGUUCUCCAGUUGUUUAUGUUAACUCUCUGUCUGCUUUGUCUUUUUGAAAGAAAAAGUAUUUAAAAUAAACGCAAUGCUGAUUCUGCAGGAGUCUUUUCAUGCGUUUAUACAAGCUCGGAUAAUAGCAGGAUGAGCGGUGACGUGUUUGAUGGACAGGUACUAUCGGACAAGUUGGCAAAGCUGAACAGUUCUCAACAAAGCAUUGAGUGUAUCCAUAUUCAGUCUCAUGAUCUUUGAUAUACUUUAAAUCUCAAUUGGAAAACAUAGCUUUCUUCUUAGUAUUUAAUUUUCAUAAAUAAAUAUUGAAAUUGGAGAUUAGUUAUUUGGUUCCAAAUAUUUGAUUGUGGACUUUUCUCCGAGUAUUAGUUGUUCCAUAAAUUUUAUUAUGCAAGAAUCUAACGUGGAGUCAUUAAUGCUAAAUAUGUCUGGAUAUUAAAAUUGCAGUCCAAUCUACGAUUGAUACAGUUAUGACCUUUUUAUGGCUGUUUUUGUUUUAGUCUUCACUACAAAAGUAGACUUCUUUUGUAGUUGUAGUAAAAUUGAAGAAAAGUGUAUUUGUGGGUAUGUAUGGGUUUAGAAAAAGUUAAGCUGAUGGGAUGGGAUGGGUUUUUUUUUUGGUACUAAUAAAGUAAGUAGUGUGAUGUUAAUGGUUUCCUUGUAAUAAAACUUCCAAAACAUAGUUUGUUGGAUGAGACAAGAACGAAUAUCUAUGGUAAAACAAAAAACAAAAAAAAAUGAAUACAUUUUCAUAAAUGACUAAUUUGGAUAUAACUUUAAGAAAAGUUUUUCUUAUUUCGAUGAGGUGAAGUAGGAAGUAUGUAUUACAGUUUAGUUGACUACUAGACUUCGACAAUUUGUAGUAUAGGGUGAAUAGUUAUUUCAAGAAGUGUGUUUGUUUGAGCUAUGGAGUAAACUUUUCUUUAGCUA